AUGAAGGGAAAAAAGUAAAAGAAUUUGAUCACUGAAGAAUUAACAUGGGAACAACAUGUAAUUUGUGGUAUUGUUUUCUUUAAUAAGAGGAAAUAAUUCAUAUGAAUCAGGCAGAAUUGAUGAAGCGUUGUUAGAAUAUGAUAAGGCUCUAAUCCUGAAUCCAAAUAAUUCUUUAGUAUAUCAUAACAGAGGUUCAAAUUUUAGGAUCUUAUUUAACUAGGAAUUUUGUAUUAUAACAUGGAGAAAAAUUAAGAGGCAUUACUCGAUUAUAAUAAGGCAAUUGAGUUAAAUCCAUAAGAUUCAAAAAUAUAUAAUAAUAGAGGUAAAACAAUUUCAUUAUACUUAGGGAACUUAUAUUAAGAUUUGGGGAGAUAAGAAGAUGCGAUAAAUGAUUUCAAUCAGGCCAUCAAUUUAGACCCAAAUUUUUCAGAUGCAUAUAAUAGCAGAGGUGAUUAAAAUAACAAUACAAAUAGCUAUGCUCUAUGUAGACUUAGGAAAAAAUGAUGAGGCUCUUGAUGAUUUUAACCAAGCCAUAAAAUUAAAAGCUUAAUCAAAUAUUUUUAAAAAUAGAGGUCUUCUAUUAUGAAUUAUUUUAGGAAUCCUAUUAUUUAAUUUAAAUCGAUUUGUUGAAGCUUUGCAAGACUUUAAAGAAGCCAUAAGCCUUACUCAAAAUGAUUCCACUUUAUACCUUAAUGCAGGUCUCAAUUUAUUUUAAUCUUUUCAGCUAUAAUUUUAUAAGCGUUAAAAAGAAAUUAAGAAGCUUUAGAGAAUUAUAAUUUAUCAAUUAAAUUAAAUAGUAAUGAUUAAAGGGCUUAUAAAAGUAGAGGUAAUGUAAAAUUGAAUAUUCGAAGCAAUACUCUACUCGAAUUUAGGAGAAGUCAAAUUAGCUGUAUCUGACCUUUCUUAAGCAAUAUUGCUAAAAUCAGAUGACUUUAAUGCAUACUACCAUAGAGGCAAUCUUAUUAAAUUAUAUUAUAGCAAACUAGUAUUGGAAGCAAAAUUAAUUAAAUUUAGCUUUAUAGGAUUUUAACUAAUCUAUUAGGCUCAAUCCUAAAUAUUAAAAUGCCUAUGAUUGUAGGGGUAAUUAUGAUCACUCAUGAAUAGGAUGCCUAUUUCUUGAAUUAGGUGAAAAUGGCAAAGCUGAAUCAGACUUCAACAAGUCUAUUGAAUUAAAUAGCAAAAGUUCGAAUUCAUACAAUAAUCUUGGUAGGCAUAUAUGUAAUUUUAGGAAAUUUUUAAGUAAACAUUGGCAAUUAUGAAGAAGCAUUAAAAAAUUAUCAAGAUGCCAUAUAGCUCGAUACCUAAAAUUCCAUUUAUUUCAUCAAUCUCGGUGAACUCUAUCUUAGGAUGAAUAAUUUUUAGCAAGCUUUUAUCUUUUUUUAACAAGCCAAUUUGCAUAUUCAUAUUAUUAAACCAAUAUAACUGUCGAGCCUUCAAGAAUUAUUUGAAAAAAUGCUACUAAUUUUACUUGAAAUUUUUACUGAAAUUGAAAAGGAAAAUAUAUUAAUAGAAAACUAGCCUCUAGAAUCUAAAAUCAAGUUAGAUUCUAUUAAUGAAAUCAAAUAAAUCGAAACUAGUGUUGAAAAUCAGUUAAAAAUAAUUCUUUAACCAAUAUCUCUUUAGUCGAAUUAACAUUAACUUAAUAGAUAGAUUGAACAACUACAUUAAAUACUGGAAGAUACUCGAAUAAAAAUCUCAUUGAUUCAUUAAUCACUCAAAAAGGAGUAGUAAUUAGAGACAAAUUAAGAAUAACAUUAAAAUCAAUAAAUUAUGCAAAAUAGUAAUAUAUCAACAAUUCAGUCAGGAAUUACAAAUUUAAAGUCGUAAAACAAUAAUAAAUAUUUAUAUUUCAAAUCCUUAUGUUGCAAUCUCAUCUCUUUUAUGUCAUUUUGCUUCGAAAUUCAAUAAGCCAUCCUUCCACAAUGUUCAAUCUAAAAGUCAGAAUUAAUUCCGAAUGUAUGCACAUUUAAAGAAGAAAAUUAUAUAUUUGAUAAUAAUCUUAAAGAAUCUCUUUUUGAAACAAUUUGUGAAGCAAUCGGUUACUAAGACAAUUUUAAAGAAAUAAUAAUUAACAGAAAUUUUGCUUAGUUGUACUAAAUUGAGAAUGAUUAAACUGGAAAUUUAGAGGUAGAAUUUCAUCUUCUUGCUAUUGAUUUAGCUACAAAAUAAUAGGAUGUUCCUGAAAUAUUAACAUUUUUUGAUUUUGUAGAGAAAAUAUCAAACAUUUAAAUGAAAGAACUACAAAUUGCUUCAAACAUAUUUUGGAAAAAGGGAAUAUUGGAUUCAAUUAAAAUCAUAUAAUUUAUAGAUAAUAAUAUAAAUAAGAUUGUUUCAGAUGGGUUGCAGUAUUUACGAAUGUGGAAAGAAGAAUUUGAGGAAGAGGAGCUUAUUGUGCAUCAUCAAUCUCUUACAGAGCAAAUGAUGCCUGGGCCAUCUAUCAAUUAGUAACCAACUUACUGUUCUUUCUGUUAAAUAUAAUGA